CAUGGAUCCUGAAGAACUCUCUCUCCUUGAGACUGAAGCAGCAGUUGAUUGCAGAAGACUUGAAACAAAGAUGAUGAGUGGUUAGGGGUCUUUGAUAACCCAAACCUCUUGUUCCAUGUUUUCUCCAUUAUAUUAUAUUAAUAAUAUAAUGUAUAGUAUUUUGUAGCCUUUCAAUUAUGUAUGCUCAAUUUUAUAUAGUCUUUUUCAUCUUAAAUGCGUGAAAAUAAGGUGAACCAAUUUGACUUCUAUUUUGCUUUCUUUUUCUGUCGCCUAUCUUCAACUUCAAAGCUGAAGUCACUCUCAUAUGAAUCCAAAACAGUUUCUACUCUAAGAAACUUUUUAUUAUAUAUUUGACUUAUUACAAUGUCCUCCAACCAUUCUUUAGUUUUUGCACAAUUUUGAAAAUCAAGAGCAGGUAAGUGUGACUACAUAAUUUUAAAGAAAUAACAGCAAAUCAUUUAUACUGGUUAAUAGUCAGUUUGAGGAGGAGAAAGAGAGAUGGAAACUAAGCUUCAGAACUCCAUUAACAUAUCAGAAACUACUGAUAAGAAUCAGGCUCUUGCCCCUGUGAAAGAGCUUGAUGCAGGAGCCUUGUUUGUCCUCAAAUCAAGAGGAUCAUGGUUGCACUGUGGAUAUCAUUUGACAACAUCGAUUGUCGGUCCGGUGAUAUUCACACUUCCAUUUGCACUGGCUUUGCUUGGUUGGGUUGUUGGGGUACUCUGUGUUACUCUUACUGCUAUCUUGACUUUCUACUCCUACAAUCUUCUCUCUGUGGUUCUGGAACACCAUGCCCAACUCGGCCACCGUCAGCUUCGGUUCCGAGACAUGGCAAGAGACAUAUUAGGACCUGGAUGGGACAACUAUUUUGUUGGUCCACUACAAUUUUCGAUAUGCUAUGGUGCUGUUAUUUCUUGUACUCUUCUUGGAGGGCAGAGUCUUAAGUUCAUUUAUUUGCUCUACAACACCAAUGGCAGUAGUAUGCAGCUGUACCAAUUCAUAAUCAUUUUCGGAUCCGCGAUGCUGUUCCUAGCACAAAUCCCAUCUUUUCAUUCACUAAGGCACAUCAACCUCAUUUCACUGCUGCUUAUUAUUGCUUACAGCGUCUGCGUCACAGCGGGCGCCAUACACAUUGGAAUGUCCGCGAACGCACCUGUUAGGGACUAUUCGAUCAAUGGAACUCGAGUAAAUCGUGUUUUCGGUGCCAUCAAUGGUGUUUCAAUAAUUGUUACUACGUAUGGUUGUGGAAUCAUCCCUGAAAUACAGGCAACUAUAGCUCCUCCGGUGAAGGGAAAGAUGUUCAGAGGCUUGUGUGUGUGUUAUGCUGUGAUAGUUACCACAUACUUCAGUGUUGCCAUUUCUGGGUAUUGGACGUUUGGCAAUCUAGCUCAAGCAACAAUACUUAGCAAUUUUAUGGGUGAUGAGACGACGUCGUUGCUCCCCACUUGGUUCCUUCUGAUGACUAACAUCUUCACUCUUAUGCAAUUGUCUGCUAUCACUGUGAUAUACUUGCAGCCAACGAACGAGCUGUUCGAGAAAUGGUUUGCGAAUGCAAAGAUGGAUCAAUUCUCAAUCCGCAAUGUUAUUCCAAGGUUAAUUUUCCGGACAUUAUCGGUGAUCGUAGCGACUCUCUUUGCUGCAAUGUUGCCUUUCUUUGGAGACAUAAUGGCAUUUUUUGGGGCAUCUGGAUGCAUACCGCUCGAUUUGGUUAUGCCAAUGGUGUUCUACAACAUCACAUUCAAGCCAUCCAAAAGAGGCCUCGUUUUCUGGGGUAAUACACUGAUUGCAGUAGUUUCUUCUGGAUUAGCAGCAGUGGGGACAGUCUCUGCGGUUCGACAAAUGGUUCUUGAUGCCAAAACAUACAGCUUGUUUGCAAACAUGUAAUGCAAAAAAGCAGUAAUAUAUGGAACUUCUUAUAGAGCAUUAUUUGGGAUUUUUGUUCUUCCAAAUUCUUAGUGCUCAUCAGUUCAAAUAUACAGUUUCACUCAAUGAUUUAAAUCUACUUGUUUA